GACGACAAUGUCACAAUAUACUGUCGUGCGUACAAUUCGACAAACUCUGUAGAGAGCUUUAUUAGCAUCUUCAUGACAGACUUAGACAAUUCUGUGGCGUGGAUUAAUUAUCAAACGGACAUUGUGGAAAAUGAACCUUUCGAAAUCACUUGCGCUGCCGAUUCUUUCAACUUCACCAAAGUGCAAAUCUUCAAAGACAAUCAAUUAGUGAAAAAUAAUGAGAGGCAGAAACUGUAUACUGCGAAAACCAAUUUCUCAAGAAGGGAAACACUGCAAAUAGACAAAGCCGAUAAGGCAGACGCGGGUGUUUAUGAAUGCAAAGCAUUUGAACCUGUGAAUGUUUUCACCGGGAAAUCCAGGGAAGUUCAGCCAGAAAUUGGACCUCUUCGAAUUGCAGUUCAUAAAGUUGUGAAGCAUGGUAAAUUUUACAACUAAAUAAUGCAUUCAACAAUUUAAUAACUGAUGAAAAGGUUCUUUUUAGAUGCUUAUCAGCUUGUGAUCGUGUUUGUUGCAAUAUUUUGCAUAACAGUUUUAGUAAUAAUAUCUCUAAGCAGUAUUUGUAUUUGGCUUAGAAAAAUAAAAAAUAAGAAGAAAAUUAUUUUACGAAAUUCAAUUCAAUUAAAAUCACUUGAGCAAAACCAAGAUCAAAACGUUAUAGAUGAUAUGCAAGAAAGUUUAAUUUUACCAACUGAUAAAGACCGAAUUUCACUAUCAUCUGAUGAAAAUUCACAUCGAGAAAUUGGGCAAGAAAACGACGAACUCUCAAUAAUUCUGCAUGAUUACGGGGAAGAAGUUCAAGAUAUAGCACCACAGAACGUUAAUUUGCCUCCACAAUCCUCAUACACGACAUUACAGGCAAUAAACCAAUGUUUGAUGACUAAUAACGCCCAGUCAAUCUGCAGCGAUUACGAAUUUCCUCGGAAGAAUUUGGAGUUCAUUGGAAAUCUUGGAAUGGGAGAAUUCGGAUUAGUUCGACACGCAUUCGCCCAAGACAUCGUUCCUGGCGAAAGCGAGACUCAAGUUGCCGUGAAGAGCAUAAUAGGAAAUAUACAAUAUGCGAAAGACGCUCUUCUGUACGAAAUGAAAGUCAUGCUUCACAUCGGAAAGCAUCAGAAUAUUGUUAACUUGCUGGGAAUCGUCACACUGAAUUACUCUGCAGGAGACUUUAUGAUAGUCACUGAAUAUUGCUCUCUCGGAAAUGUCAGAGACUUCUUGAGGAAAAAUAAGGAGAAUUUCGUCAAUGAAAUCAAUGCAGAAACAGACUUGAUCAAUUCUUCGCUGAACUUCACAACAAUAUUUUCUCAAUCCGAAAUAAUAUUAACAACGUCUCAUCUCCUCAUUUGGGCUUUUCAAGUGGCGAAAGCCAUGGACUUCCUAGCGUCCAAGAAAGUCAUUCACGGUGAUCUCGCGGCCAGGAAUAUUCUGCUCUGCGACGCAGUUUUCGUGAAGAUUUGCGACUUUGGUCUCUCGAGGAUCAAGCAAGAGAGCAACUACUACAGAAAGCGCGACGACAGCCGAUUCCCAGUGAAAUGGGUCGCCGUGGAGACGAUCCACGACAACAUCUUCAGCACCUACUCAGACAUUUGGUCCUUCGGCGUCGUCCUCUGGGAAUUCUUCUCGCUCGGCGCCGAGCCUUACGCAGAAAUGAAGAUGCAGGAGUUGUGCCAGAAGAUUGUGAAAGGAUACAGAAUGCCGCAGCCCGAAUUUUCCACCAAUUUUCUCUACAGCGAAAUGCUUCGAUGUUGGCACGAAGAAAAAAAGGCGAGACCGACAUUUUCGGAACUGGAAAACAUUUUUGGACAUUCCAUAAAUGCCAGCAUAAGAAAUUAUCUGGACUCUUCGGAAAAGCCGAGAGAAAUUGUAGAUCGAAACAUUCAAAGUCGAGGAACAGAUUAUAUAUCUCGCUGCUGAAUUUAUGAAUAUCAAUUAAAUUUAUAUGUUUUGUGGUCUAUCGCGGUAUUUUGGAUUUAAUGCAACGUGUCAUGUUACAUAUGCUCAUGGUAUUUGCAUAUCCAAAGGAUCUUUUGAACAUAAAAUGUUCCAAUUAGUGUAAAACAAAAAAAAAUAUUGUGUAAAUUCUGUGAAUAUCGAUAUUGUUAUCGAUAUUAUUCAUUUCCA